AUGGAUAAAACUCCAAUACGAAGGAGCAAAUCCGUCGAUUUAGAUGAUCCAUUCACACCGAUUCCCAAGCUGUCCCGCCUCCGCACUCCACGGACGUCUCGAGAGUACGUCUGUCCGUUGAAGACCACGCCUCCCUCCGAUUCUUCUGUAACUUCUGAAAACGCUCCACCACCCGAAAUCUCUCCACCGCGAAAACGUGGCGUCGACGAGUCCUCCGUGACUCCUUUACACCAAAAAAAUGGUCCGCCACUGCUGAAAAAGAGCUCAAUGAGUGUGUUAGCUGAUGGAUUUCGAUCGGCGGCGAUGCUGAAUUUGGAGGGAGAAAAUGAGAAUGAUUUGUUUGGAUUAUCCUUUCGAAAUGAGCAUUUAUUCGGGAAUCAGGGGCAUCAGAAUCCUCAAAAUCCUCAAAAUCAGCAGAAGGAACGAUCUGAAGAGAUUCUGGAUCCAUCGAAAUGUCUGCCUACAAGAGAUAUGGAAAUGUACAAAAAGAUUAAGAAAUUGGAUAAAUUUUAUGACUGGCAACAAGAAUGUCUAUCCGACACGCGUCUUCUCAACGGAGAGAAUUGUAUUCUCUCACUGCCAACUGGUGCCGGAAAAACGUUGAUUGCAGAGGUUUUGAUGUUACGGGAGGCGGUGGUGAAGAAGAGAAACGCCAUUUUGGUAUUGCCUUAUGUGGCGAUUGUUCAGGAAAAGAUUUCGUCUCUCGCCCCAUUCGAAGAUGCAUUCGGAAUCAACAUUGAAGAAUAUGCCUCCAAUAAAGGCAGAUUUCCCCCAAUAAAACGUCGAAAUCGAGUGUCCGUCUACGUGGCAACCAUCGAAAAAGCCAACAUGCUAAUUAACUCCCUAAUUACGCAAGGUCAAUUAAAUCGAAUAGGAAUGGUGGUGGUCGACGAGUUACACAUGAUUGGUGAUGGUGGUCGAGGAGCGAUUCUAGAACAAUUGCUAGCGAAAUUUCUGUAUAAAGGAUGUGGACAGAUAGUUGGAAUGUCGGCGACACUACCGAAUAUCGAUGAUUUGCAGUUCGCAUUGAGGUCUUUUGUGUACAGUACCAAUUUUCGGCCUGUAGAACUCACGGAAUUUGUUAAAAUCGGACAGACAAUGCAUCAAGUGGCAGGGGACGGAGAGCUCACACCGGCUGGUGAUCUUCCUGUUAAUAAUCUCAAAUCAACAGAUCCUGAUGGAAUCUGCCAACUUCUCGCUAAACUUAUACCCAAGAGUUCCGCUGUAAUUUUCUGUCCGAAUAAGAAGAAUUGUGAGAAUGUGGCUGUCCUGAUUGCCAAGACCCUUCCGGCUCACAUCCGACAAGCGAAACGGGCAGAAAGUGAAGCUUUCUUGGAGUCAUAUCUGACAGAUAACGAUGAAGAGCGGAUGGAUUCAGUGCUGAAAAAGUGUAUAUUGUCAGGGGUGGCAUAUCAUCAUUCAGGGUUGACACAGGAUGAACGAAAGUGUGUGGAGGCCGCGUUUAUGGAAGGCCUCAUCUAUGUCGUUUGCGCCACAUCGACCCUCGCCGCCGGUGUGAAUCUUCCCGUCCGUCGUGUCAUCAUCAAAUGUCCAAUGGUCGGACGAGAACGACUUGGUAAGGCUCAAUAUCUCCAGAUGGCUGGACGAGCAGGACGCGCCGGAUUCGACACGAAAGGAGAUUGCAUUACGAUAGUGAAACAAGGAGAAGAGGAACGAUGGUUUAGGGAAAUGCUGAAAUCUGAAAUUCCACGAUGUAUGAGUUCAUUGUCGUCUCUCGAGUCGAUGGGAUCGUUCAUUUUGGAUAUUGUAGUGCUGAAAAUCGCAUCGAAUUUGAAAGAAAUCAUGCGAGGUGUUCAAUAUUCUCUUUACGCCGCUCAAGAAUCGAUGGAUAACAUUCAAAAACUUGUUGAGCAAUCACUGAAACGACUAGAAGAGCACUAUUUCAUUACAAUCGAUGAGACAACUGGAGAAAUUACACCAUCUGAUCUUGGAAACGCUGUGUUUAACGCUGGAUUCGCUCCAGAUGAGGCGACGCGUCUUCACUCGGAUUUAGUGUCAUCUCUAAAUCAAGGAGUGAUAUUCUCGUCGCAUUUUCAUUUGUUAUUCAUUAUUACACCGUAUGAGCAAAGUUGUAAUAUCAAUUGGGAUCUCUUUUUGCUAAUGUACAACGCCCUUCCUCAAAGUGAACGAAAACUACUCGGUGAAUGCGGUCUCGAGGAGAAAUUCAUACUCGAAGCGAUCAUAACUCGAGUGGAUCUCAUCGCAGGCACGCCUCGUAUGCGUCUUUACAUCGCUCUAAUGCUACAAAAAAUCUGGAAUCACGAACCAAUGUACGCAGUGGCUGAGAGAUUCGGUGUGGAGAAGGGAUGGCUUCAGACGACGUUGCAGUCGUCGAUAUCACAGGCGGCGUCGAUUGCAAAGUUUUCGGAGAAAAUCACAACGAUGUGGCCACUUCGAAAACUGCUGCCAGAACUUGUGCAGAGGCUGUCUGAAGCGGCGCAACCAGAAUUGUUACCUCUGAUGACAGUUGAUGGAAUCAAGAAAGCGAGAGCCGGAAUUCUAUUCAAAGCUGGUUAUAAGACAGUUGGAAUGAUCGCUCGAGCGUGUCCAUUGAAACUUGUUCAAGAGCUCGGCACGAUUCGUCUCGCUCAAGCGAAAUCAAUCAUCGCCAGUGCAAAAAUGGUACUCCGUGAUCAAGUCGACGAGAAAAUGGAGGAGUUGGAUAUGGUAAACGUGAAGAAGGGUGUGUUGGUGACCAGCGACCCGGCGUUCCGUCAGCUACUCAUCCAUUUGGACGAUUCGAGACAACUCGGAUCAAAGUUUAUUGUUAGGGAACUCGACGACACUCAUCUGUUCAUCGAAAAGGAGAUCGUGCCGAGUUUGGAGAGCAAAGUGGAACAAAUCAUGGAGAACAUGAAUCCAGAGACUAACGAUAACAAAUAA